AUGGUCUUGAACCAGGAAAUAUCCCAUCCACAAUGCUGCAACUCAGACCUCUGCAACACUGAACCUGUCCCUGAACCCAGCGAACCUGUUCCAAAUGGCUUAAAAUGCUACAGCUGUGUUGGAGAUGACUGCAACAGAACUGUGAAUUGUGAGGGGAUCCAGGAUCACUGUGCUACAUCAACAGCAUCACUCAUAAUAAUGUCAGAGACCUCAAAAGGCUGUGCUUCAAAGAGUGUAUGCUCCAUUGGAAAUCUCAACAUGUGGGGAGGAUCUAUUGGUAUCAAAACAAGCUGCUGCCAGGAGAACUUCUGCAACGGUGCCACCACUGCCACUGCUAGCCUCUUUGUAGGGCCGUUGAUCUUUUUGAUUUUGUUUUCAUAAGUCAUGACCAUAGCUGAGUUUCUUUUUUCCUUUUAUUUUCUGGUGUUGUCUAGAAUUUCACCUACUUUAAUAGUCCACUGACCAAAGUGGGAAGACAAAAAAAAGGUUUCAAAAAACAAAAUGUUUAUUAAGUAAAUGAGAGGUUUAAGUAUUUUUAAAUUAUAAAAGACUACUGUUGAGCAAUAAGUAAUAAGGAAAACAGAACAAAUUGUUUAGAUAUGAUGAAGGACACUGAUUGCAGUUAAACACCUGGAGAGCUAUUUAGAAAUUUCACAGUAUAAGUUAUGUAAGGGACAAACAUAUAUGUAUGCAAUUUUAUUCUGCAUAUUUUGGCUGUUGGUAGAGUAUCAGUAGUUUGCAUAUCUGAAUAAGACAAGGACGCAGAACUGUAUCAGGUGUUUGUUCAGGAAGUUACCUGUUAAAUGACCAUCAUCUUUAACAGUUUGAAAAACAUCCAUCCAGAACUGCUCUGGAAUUUAUAGAAGACAGGACUCAACUGGAAAAUAUACAGUAUUGUGAAUCUAAAAAAGAUUUUCUUCUGAU